AUGCGUCUCUCUUAUACCAUUCCCACGAUAGCUGCCCUAUGCGGCCAGGCAGCCCUCGGCGACUUUGUCACGCCCACGUACCCGACGCCGGCCGACCUGAGCAGCAACCACAGCCUGGUCCACGCCGGCUGGAAGAACCUCACCUCGACCUUGGACAGGUACUUUGAGGGCAAGCUCAACUCGUCGCUGGCGGCCGCGUUUGCGGGCGUUGAAAACGUCACCUUCUCCGCGGGCCUCUUCUCGCUCAAGGACCCCGACGCGCUGCAGCUGCAGUACCACCACACGGCCGCCGAGGUCAAGGCCAGCAAGGCCGGCGUGCAAAAGGUCGACGGCGACAGCAUCUAUCGCACCGCGUCCGUGUCGAAGCUCAUCACCGUCUUGGCUGCCCUGCGGGAGCUGAGCGACGACGACUGGCACCGGCCGCUGUCCAAGAUUAACCCAAACUUCAAGCGACAGAUGCAAAACUCGACGGCAGUAGAUAUAAUUGAGACUAUUCAAUGGGACAAGAUUACCCCGUGGGCGUUGGCUACGCAGCUUAGUGGUUUGCCUACACUUAGCUUUCUGGGCGAGAGAUACAAUGCUUCCUUGGCAUCGGAGUACGGCGGUGCUCUUGUCACAAAUCAGACCUCCCUCGGUGCCUGCGUCGUACAAUUCUUCGCCAACCCGCUCGAGCCAAGCUGCUCUCCUGCUGAAAUCAUAUCCUCCGUCAACGUGAACCCGCCCAACUUCCUGCCCUGGGCCACGCCGGUCUACUCGGAUCUCAACUUUAUGCUCCUCGGGCUGGUCAUUUCCAGCAUCACCAACAAGACCAUGACCGAGGUGUACAACUCGGCCGUCUUCCGUCCGCUCAACAUGACCUCGUCGAGCGACAAGAGCGAGAACAAGACGCUGUCGCGCGCCGUCGUCAUCGGCACGCCCGCGUCGUACGCCCAACUCGACUUUUUCCCCUUUACGGCCCCGUCGGGCGGCAUCCUCUCGACCGUCGGCGACCUGCAGAAGCUCGGCCUGGGCAUCCUCAACAGCACGCUGCUCCCCAAGGAAGCGACCGCCAAGUGGCUGAAGCCCGUGUCGCUCACGGCCAGCCUGAGCUACGCCAUCGGUGCACCCUGGGAGAUUCACCGCUUCGUGCACCCUGCCUCGGGCAAGGUGACGGACAUUUACACCAAGCUCGGCGACUCGGGCAGCUACGGCGGCGCCCUGGCCGUCAUCCCGCAGUACGACGCCGGCUUCACCCUGCUCAACGCCGCCGCGGGGCCGGAGCGCUCCAAAGUGGUCCUCGGCAUCCUAGACGCCAUCACAAGCACCGUCCUGCCGGCACUCGAAGCGCAGGCCCUCGCCGAAGCCAAGUGCAACCUUGUCGGCGAGUACAAGUCUUCUGGAAGUGGCGGUGUCGAGGCCAUGAUCAAGAUUGGCUACAACGCGUCGACGACGGGCACCGACGUGCACUCGGAUCUCGUGGUGACCGAGUGGGUGUACAACGGCACCGACGUGCUCACGAGCAAGCUGUUUGGCGGCGCUCCGCUGCGUCUCGAGCAGUCUAUUGUCCGGCCGGGCAAGGACGGCAAGCCCCGCCAGAUUGCCUUUAUCCUGUCCAGCUACAACCAGACGCCGACGUACACGGCCGCCAAGAUGGGCUCCUGGACCGGGCUGUACUACUCUGACGGAGACUUUACGUUUACGGACGGGGUGCGCUGGGGUGGUCAGGAUCCGCGCCGGCUCGUGUUUGACCUGGACGCGCACGGUGCGGCAGUCAAGUGCACGCCGUCGUAUCAGAAGAUUGCGUUGACAAAGUCGAAGAAGUAG